AUGUCGAGCGAGGAAGAAGGCGGAGACCUAUUUCUAACUCAAAGAAAGUUUGUGGAAACUAAGGAUGUCAGUGACGACGCAGAUGAUUUUCACUUUCGUUUUGCAUCUCCAUUGUCUGAAGAAGAACUUCAGAAGAAACUCGACGUAUGUGUUCCCCAAAAGACCAAAUACAAGAACGACUGGGCCGUUGGCGUAUUUAGAAGGUGGCAAGAGGAAAGGCGUCAGCGUUCCAUUGCAGAAAAUUUCAUGAAACCGCUUGGUGCAUUAAAAGAUGACUUCGAAAAUAUGGAUGCAAGUGAUAUGAAUAUGGCAUUGAAAUACUUCUUGGUUGAAGCUAGGAAGGCAGAUGGUAGUAUGUAUCCCUCGGUCACCAUGCAUGGUCUUUAUACUGCGUUAGCUUCAUCUUUGAAACUUGGAGGAAGUAAGUUUAAUUUAAUGCAAGAUGAUGCCUUUGCUGAUGCUAGAAAAUCUCUGGACGCAGUAAUGCAUGAACGAAGUAGUGCAGGUCUGGGAGCAGACGUAAGAAAGCAUACAGAAGCAAUAUCAAGGGAGGAAGAAAACUGUCUCUGGGAAAAGGGAUGUCUCGGAGAGAGUAAUCCACAACAACUCUUGGACACCAUAGUUUAUCUGACAGGACUCUACUUUGCACUACGCGGUGGCAAGGAACACCAAGCUCUGCGCUUGCAUCAGAACCCCCAGAUUACCGGACCAUUUGUGGACAACAAUGGUAGACGGUAUUUUAAGUAUAGAGAGGAUGUUUCCAAGACUAAUACAGGGGGUAUUAGAGAUCGCAAGUUGGAGAGAAAAGAAGUGCGGGCUUACGUAAAACAUUGA